AUGGAAAACGAUACCUUUCCAGCUGGUAUCCUCGGCAACUACUACUCCACCCGUCACGAAAAAGGUGUAUACCGUUCCUGCGGCGUAACUUCCCACUACAACUACACGCCCCACAACUUCAAUACCAUCACUAGCAAAGCCAUCGAAGAAUUGACUUCGCACCUCCAACGUGCUUUAUGGAAAACAGUAGAAAAACAUCCAUCACUAUGUUACAGUAUCUUACCCUCUUCAAAACCCACGCAUCUAACUGCAGGUUUCAAGAGACUUGCCCAAAUAUCCUGGGAUGAUAUUGUAUCAAUAUCCUCUUUGGACGGAUUUCCCAAUGCAGAAGUGCAGAUACAAUCUGAGGAAAAACGUGUUUGUGAGGAGAUAGGGCGCGCUCACGAGCAGCUUUUCCAAGAUCCCGAAACGAAACCUGCUUGGAAGAUUCGUGUGCUUGUGCAUGAGAUUGAAGAUGGGUCGUAUAGAGUGUAUAUACUUUUUAUUGCGCACCAUGCUAUUGCCGAUGGAUUAAGCUGUGCUGCUUUUCAAAGGACUUUGCAUGAGGAAUUGUCAGAGACUUCUGUGGAGACGCUUGAGAUGAGCGAUGUGCAGUGGCCGUAUAUCGUACCGAAAACUGUGGGAAGACCAACAGCUAUUGAGGAUGCUAUGGAUAUCAGUCCUCCGGGAUACGAAUCACUUGAAACAAAUCCACAAAGCGAUUCGGACGAGAAAGAAGAGCAAAUAUGGUCAGGAAAUUUCCCAUGUAUGCCCACAAUCGAAUCAUACAAAUCUCUUGCCCUUCUCGUUACCGUUCCCCCAGAACGAGUCCAACGACUUUUAAAUACGAGUCGCCGUUUGAAAAUUACUGUCACUGGUUAUUUGCAUGGUUUAAUCGUCAGCUACCUUGCGCGUGCAACAGUUACAAAAGACCAACUUGGCCUUAAAGGGUGUACGCCUUACUCGCUGCGUAAAUUUAGCAAACUUCCUGUUAGUGAAAUAGCGAACCAUGUUUCGACUAUAGUAACAAAGUGGGAUGCCGGUUUAUUGGAUCGUAUACGUCAUGUGAGAGAGGAGUCUAUCGAAGAGGAAGAAUUGAUUGGUGCGAUUGGAAGUCAAGUUUGCCAGGAGAUCUCAACAGAGCUGAAAAGAGUCGAAGCUGGAGGAGUCUCACAAAUAAGAGAUGUUGAAAAUAUAGCCGAUUUAGAGUCUUAUUGUCGCGAGGGAUUGUCAGCAGGAAGGUCUGAAACUUAUGAGAUAUCUAACCUUGGAGUGGUUAGGAUGAACCAAGCUUCAAGAAAAAGCUCGUUAAGACUCGAUGGACUCAUAUUCUCCCAAUGUGGAAUGGUGUUCGGUGCCCCUAUUGGAUGCAAUGUUUGUAACAUUCAUAAGGAGAAAGUUACCUAA